CAAAACCCCGAUCAGUCCUCUUCUCUCUCUCUCUCUCUCUCUCUCUCUAUUCCCCGCCAGAAAGCAAAGACUGACUGGAACCGUGUCUGCCAUUUCAUCUCUCACGCUUCCCCUCACCCCUCCCUCUCAGUCUCUCAGAUUCCUUCCCUUCAUCACUCCCCACCUCUCUCCCUCUCUCUACAUUUCUCUCUCUCUCUCUCUCUCUCUCUCUCUCUCUAGAGUCUCGCAGCCGCCGGUGCUCGAACGAUCGCCGAUUUUCUUACCGUCGAUCAGCUGAAUAGGGAGCAUUCGCUGCGUCCAGUUCGUCGGCGGCUUCAGUUGUUUCGAAUGCAUUAAUUGGAUGUCACGUUGCUGACUCUGUUAACCGUUGGCAGAUUGUUCGAGAGAUCAACCGCCGAGAACGAGCUUCAGAUCGGCAGGACAUUCAAUUGCUUUGAAGUACAGACGUCAUAAGGCCUGCCUAAGAUCGAAUUCUAAAGGGAGCGUAUGCCUGGAAACAAGUACAACACCAAUUCUGCUCAUAUUCCCACUCGUGUAGGACGGCUCUUGAGGGAAAGGGAGCUCAGGAAGAGCAGCAAGGCUUCUCAGUCUAAUGAGGCAGGCGAUGGUAACAAGGGCCCAGAACUCUUUGAGCACGAAUUUCAACUGAGAGAAGGCGAAAGAGCGGGGGCUUCCUAUGAGGAACAAUUCUCGGGGGCAGCCAUCGCUGCGAGGGCACUCAUCGAAGGCAGCGAAAGGCAGGAUGGGAGGCCCUUUAGACAGAGACUCUUGGUUGUGGCUAAUAGGCUACCAGUAUCUGCGGUCAGACGGGGUGAAGACUCCUGGUCGCUGGAGAUGAGUGCUGGUGGUCUAGUCACCGCUCUUCUGGGUGUGAAGGAGUUUGAGGCAAGAUGGAUCGGAUGGGCUGGUGUUAAUGUCCCAGAUGAGAUUGGGCAGAGGGCCCUUACUAAAGCUUUGGCUGAGAAGAGGUGUAUACCCGUGUUCCUUGAUGAGGACAUUGUCCAUCAAUAUUAUAAUGGCUAUUGCAACAAUAUCUUAUGGCCUCUCUUUCAUUACCUUGGACUUCCACAAGAGGAUCGUCUUGCCACCACUAGGAGUUUCCAAUCUCAGUUUGCUGCAUACAAGAAAGCAAAUCAAAUGUUUGCUGAUGUGGUAAACAAGCACUAUGAAGAAGACGAUGUGGUUUGGUGCCAUGAUUAUCAUCUCAUGUUUCUUCCGAAAUGUCUUAAAGAGUACAACCGCAACAUGAAAGUUGGCUGGUUUCUCCAUACACCCUUCCCAUCCUCUGAAAUACACAGGACACUGCCAUCCCGAUCAGAGCUACUGCGUUCAGUUCUUGCUGCUGAUUUAGUUGGUUUUCAUACCUAUGACUAUGCUAGGCAUUUUGUGAGCGCUUGUACUCGUAUCCUUGGACUUGAGGGUACACCUGAAGGGGUUGAGGACCAAGGGAGGCUUACUAGAGUGGCUGCUUUCCCUAUCGGGAUAGAUGCUGACCGGUUCAGACGAGCUCUUGAGACUCAGGAUGUUCAGAAGCAUAUUAAAGAACUGAAAGAUAGGUUUGCUGGCCGAAAGGUUAUGUUGGGCGUUGAUCGGCUUGACAUGAUUAAAGGAAUUCCUCAGAAGAUACUGGCAUUUGAGAAAUUUCUUGAAGAAAAUCGUGAUUGGCAUGACAAAGUUGUUUUGCUGCAAAUUGCAGUGCCGACGAGAACAGAUGUGCCUGAAUAUCAGAAACUCACAAGCCAGGUUCAUGAAAUUGUUGGACGUAUCAACGGAAGGUUUGGAACCUUGACUGCAGUUCCAAUACAUCACCUGGAUCGAUCUCUCGACUUUUACAAGCUGUGCGCACUAUAUGCUGUUACUGAUGUUGCACUUGUCACUUCACUGAGGGAUGGAAUGAAUCUCGUGAGUUAUGAGUUUGUGGCAUGCCAAGAUUCCAAGAAAGGGGUUCUGAUUCUAAGUGAAUUUGCUGGAGCUGCACAGUCUUUAGGUGCCGGUGCAAUCCUGAUAAAUCCUUGGAACAUAACAGAGGUUGCUGCUUCCAUAGCUCAAGCUUUAAAUAUGCCAGCUGAAGAGAGGGAAAAGCGACAUCAACAUAAUUUUAAUCACGUGACAAGACAUACUGCUCAAGAAUGGGCGGAAACUUUUGUCAGUGAAUUGAAUGAUACAGUGGUCGAAACCCAGCUAAGAACAAGACAAGUUCCACCUCCACUUCCUGCCGGAGAUGCCAUCCAACGUUAUCUGCAGUCCACUAAUCGGUUGCUGAUACUGGGAUUUAAUGCAACUUUAACUGAGCCAGUGGACACCCCUGGUCAAAGAGGCGAUCAGAUCAAAGAAAUGGAUCUCAAGUUGCACCCUGAACUUAAAGAACCCUUGACAGCACUAUGUAGCGAUCCAAAGACAACAGUUGUAGUCCUUAGUGGAAGUAACAGAAGUGUCUUAGAUGAUAAUUUUGGCGAUUACAACAUGUGGUUAGCAGCUGAGAACGGGAUGUUUCUUCGCCUAACGAAGGGAGAGUGGAUGACUACAAUGCCCGAACACCUAAACAUGGAAUGGGUCGACAGUGUAAAGCAUGUAUUUGAGUAUUUCACAGAAAGAACUCCAAGGUCGCACAUUGAACUCCGUGAGACCUCACUUUUAUGGAACUACAAGUAUGCCGAUGUUGAAUUUGGAAGACUACAAGCAAGAGAUAUGUUGCAGCAUCUUUGGACAGGCCCAAUAUCCAAUGCAUCUGUCGAUGUUGUCCAGGGAAGCCGAUCAGUUGAGGUUCGAGCAGUCGGUGUAACAAAAGGAGCGGCUAUAGACCGAAUUUUGGGUGAGAUAGUUCACAGCAAAUCUCUGACUGCUCCAAUAGAUUAUGUCCUCUGCAUUGGCCAUUUCCUUGGAAAGGAUGAAGACGUCUACACAUUUUUCGAGCCAGAGCUCCCUUCCGAUGCUCUGGGGAUUGCUAGGACCAAGGCCUCUGAAGGAAUGAACUCCCUUCUUGAGAGGAGACCAUCUUUGAAGCUCCCCACAGGCAAGAGCGGGUCGAAGUCAUCUAAUAACCCUCGGGCGCAGCGCCCCUUGCCAAACCCAGAGAAGAGAACAACCGCCAAUAACAGCUCUGGGAGUGGGAAGCGCUCAUCACCUGAGAAGAUAUCCUGGAACGUGCUGGACCUCAAAGGAGAGAACUACUUCUCCUGCGCCGUGGGUCGAACCCGAACCAAUGCCCGCUACUUGCUCAAUUCCUCUGACAAUGUAGUCCUCUUAUUGAAGGAACUAGCCGGUGCAUCUUCAUGAGAGCUUCCGCCAUCCUCGGUUUUCGCAACCAAUAAAAAGGACAGGGAAACAUCCCUCCACACAGAGGGACUGAGUUUGAAGUUACGAGUUGGAUGUUGCAAGAGUAGUAGGAGGCUUGCUGCCCUCAACAGUUCAUAGGGCCAAGUUUCAGAGUUUCGAAGGUAUGACAACGAGGCAAAGAAAGAAGAUCAUUUUGUUCUCUCAUCCCUUUUCACAUGAUAUUGUGAAUACAGCUAGUCCUCUUUCUGCUACUGAUUUUACUUUCAACUCUCUCUCUCUCUCUCGUUGCCCCCUCUCUUCCGAUCCCAUUCUUGGAUUAUUGAAAUCCGAAUUGAAUGUCAUGUCCAGAAUUUCCUGGUAUGAAAUACACCUCAAAAUUGCGAUUCUUAAUGAUGCAAUCCAUCAGCAAAUAGAGCUA